AUGGAACCCGGGCUGCGGCGGCGGCGCAGUUGCCGCCCGUUGGUCUCCGCCUUCCUGCGCGAUCCGCGCUCCGGGCGCGUCUACAGGCGUGGGAAGCUGAUCGGCAAGGGAGCCUUCAGCCGCUGCUACAAGCUGACCGACAUGUCCACCAGCGCCGUGUUUGCGCUCAAGGUGGUGCCUCGUGGCGGUGGCGGGGCAGGGCGACUGCGCCUGCGCGGCAAGGUGGAGCGCGAGAUCGCCCUGCACAGCUGCCUCCGCCACCGCAACAUUGUGGCCCUGCACGGACACUUCGCCGACCGCGACCACGUGUACAUGGUGCUGGAGUACUGCAGCCGCCAGUCGCUGGCCCACGUGCUGGAGGCGCGGCGGACCCUGACGGAGCCCGAGGUCCGCUACUACCUUCGGGGCGUGGUCAGUGGCCUGCGCUACCUGCACCAGCGGCGGAUCGUGCACAGGGACCUGAAGCUCAGUAACUUCUUCCUGAGCAAGAACAUGGAGGUGAAGAUUGGAGACUUGGGGCUGGCUGCCAGAGUGGGACCUGGGGGCCACUGCCACAGAGUGCUCUGCGGUACCCCAAACUUCCUGGCUCCAGAGGUGGUCUCCAGGAACGGGCACUCCUGCCAGUCUGACAUCUGGGCUCUGGGCUGCAUCAUGUACAUGGUGCUGACCGGUGCCCCUCCCUUCGUGGCGGCCCCCCUGUCCGAGAUGUACCAAAACAUCCGCGAAGGCCGCUACCCUGAGCCUGCCCACCUGUCGCCCAACGCGCGCCGCCUCAUCGCCCGCCUGCUGGCUCCCGACCCGGCCGCGCGGCCCAGCCUGGACCACCUGCUGCAGGACGACUUCUUCACGCAGGGCUUCACUCCAGACCGGCUGCCGCCCCACUCCUGCCACAGCCCCCCCAUCUUCGCCGUCCCCCCGUCCCUGGGCAGGCUCUUCCGGAAGGCGGGCCAGCUGCUGCUGAGCCAGUGCCGGCCCCCCUGCCCCUUCACCCCAAACGAGGCCUCGGGUCCGGGAGAAGAUGGUCCCGACUCUGACUCCAUGGAAUUGAGUGGCGAGGCCUCCCCAUCAGAGAGAGGGGCCCCGAACCCCGAGGUCCCUGUCCACCUGCUCUCCCAAGGGACCCUCAGGAGCGGCCUGCUGGGGCCUGAGGGAAGCUCGAGGCAGGAGGUGGAAGCAGCCAUUAGAAACCUGCAGCUGUGCCUGAGCCCUCGCCCCCCAGUCACGCAGGAUCCCAGGGAAGAGCAGCGGCCCAUUCUCUGGGCCCCUAAGUGGGUGGAUUAUUCCAGCAAGUAUGGCUUUGGCUACCAGCUGUCAGACGGGGGCAGCGGUGUCCUCCUUCGGGAUGGCACCCACAUGGCCCUGCGCCCCCCAGAGAGCCAAGUCUGCUACGCACCUGACCGGGGGAGACUGCAAACAUUUGCCCUGAGGGAUGUGCCUGGCCCACUGGGCACCAAGCUGGCGGUCCUGCGGCUCUUUGCCAGCUACAUGCAGCAGCGUCUGCGAGAGCCCGGCCCGCCCGCCCUGCCAGCGGGCCCCAGCCUCUGCCUGCUGCGCUACCUGGUGUCCGAGCAGGCCCUGCUGCUGCUCUUCAGCGACGGCACGGUGCAGGUCAGCUUCAGCGCAGACCGGGCUCAACUGGUGCUGAGCGGGGUCGGCCAAGCCUUGCGGCUCACCUUCUGGGAAGGGGGCCAGCCUGGCACCUCCCACCCACUGGGCAUCUUGCAAGGCCACAGCCUGGCUGCGGCCACCCGCCAGCACCUUCUCCACGCACUGCACAUGCUGCAGAGCGCCUAG